AGGAAGUGCAUCUUGCGUCUAGCUGGAACAUGAGGAGAAGAAACAGUUUUAUACAGAGCUACUGGGACAACAAACUCAUAUUUUGACGAAAAACCAUUGGGAGAUGGACAGUCACAGAAGAAGCCGACCAUGGGGAAAGCUAGUCAAAGUGGACUCAAGUGAAAGCGAAGUGCUGCUUUUCAACAGGGAGUGCACAGUUGGCCGAAAAAAGGGAUGUGAUCUGGCUUUUCCAGCCAACAAACUGGUCUCAGGGGAGCACUGCAAGAUUUUCAAAGAUGAAAGCUCAGGGCUUGUGUGGCUUGAAGACAUGAGCACUAAUGGCACUGUGAUCAACAUGUCCAAAGUGGUCAAAAAGCAAACUCAAGUACUGCAGAAUGGCGACGUCAUCUACUUUGUAUACAGGAAAAGUGAGCCAGAACAAAACAUUGCCUAUGUUUACCACUCAAUCACAGCGGAGCAAGCUAUUUCACAAAAUAGUUACUACAUGGAGAGGUCAGCCAUCAGUCCUGCUCCUGUUCCAUCCUCAGAUAUGUCACUCUCUGUGGAGCCCGUCAUGCUCACCAAGGCUCCUGAUAUAACUCAGGAGGAACCUCAGCCCUCUACGUCAACUUCCCACCUCUGUAUUCGGAGUCCUAUCACAUCUGAUCUUCUAGCAGCAAGAGCCGGUCCUGCCUCUGCUAAAGGUGCUGCCAUGACACAGGGAAAAGAGAUGGAAAACCUGGAGCCAGAAAGCAAAAAGAGGAAAACUGAUAUAGAUUAUGAUUUUGGCUUGCCACACACGUCCAGUAAAGAAAUGGCGGGGUCAACUAAGGGAAGUCUUGGGAGUCUUGUGCCUAAACAACCAGUAGAAGGGACUAAAACUGACAAGAUGGAGGAAUCUCUGACUUGUAUUAUCUGCCAGGACCUACUCCACGACUGUGUCAGCUUGCAGCCCUGUAUGCACACCUUCUGUGCUGCCUGCUACUCAGGCUGGAUGGAGCGCUCUUCUCUUUGCCCCACCUGCCGCUGCCCUGUGGAGAGGAUCCGUAAGAACCAUAUCCUCAACAACCUGGUGGAGGCCUACCUCAUUCAGCACCCAGAAAAGUGUCGCAGUGAUGAGGAUCUGAAGAGUAUGGACAGCCGAAACAAGAUCACUCAGGACAUGUUGCAGCCAAAAGUUGAGCGCUACUUCUCUGAUGAGGAGGGCAGUUCAGAUUACCUCUUUGAGCUCUCUGACAAUGACAGCGACUCCCCAGACUUCAGUCAGCUACUGUUGUGCAGACAGUGUCCUGGCUACAAGAAGGAGGUCAGUCAGAUGCUGUUUGCUACAGGGUCAAAUUAUUGGGUCCCCAGUGUGCCAGUCCCACCGCCUAUAACUCCUCCACCCAAACCGGCAUCUGAUGAAGGGUCUGCAAAGCCAACAGGGGAGCAGCCCUCAACGUCCUCAAAUAUCGCUUCAGCUCCUCAGGAGUACCACUGCCCCCCUCAGGGCCGCCAUCUAAUCUGUACCUGCUGCCACCAGCCGAUGCCAGACAGACGGACAGAGCUAAACAGCCCGCAGGUUAUUGCUCAACAAUGUGCGCUGUGCCAGCAACCCUUCUGUCAUAUGUACUGGGGCUGCCAGAGGAUUGGCUGUCAAGGUUGCCUGGCUCGAUUCAGUGAACUCAAUCUGACAGACAAAUGUAUGGAUGGUGUGCUGAACAACAAUAACUAUGAGUCAGAGAUUCUUCAGAACUACCUGUCCUCCAGAGGGAAGUCAUGGAGAGAUCUGCUGCAAGAGGCUGUACAAGGUUUACAGCAGGGAAACUACUAUUUGACAGAUUGUCGUAUCUCUGCAAAUACCAUUGUGUGCUUCUGCUGCGGCCUGCAAACAUUCAAGGAACUGGCCUACAAGUACAGACAGAACAUCCCCCCGUCUGAGCUGCCAGCUGCUGUAACUUCUCGUCCUGACUGUUACUGGGGACGCAACUGUCGCACGCAGGUUAAGGCACACCAUGCAGUGAAAUUCAACCACAUAUGUGAGCAGACACGUUUCAAGAGUUGAGGGGAGCAGCAUCUAACUGUCAAAUAUGUCAAAUGAGCAUCAUGAAUACUGGAGAGACACAAUCGUGUAAGGUUUGCUUUGUACAUUGUAGAUAACUGUCUCACAGGUGCUCUGCUUCUUAUGCAAUAAUCUAAUGCAAAAAACACAAUCAGUAUCCAUUGACAAUACCUGACACAGGGCUGCAUGAAAUAAUGCUAUGCACAUUAUCAUUCAAGUUUAAGUUUAAUCAAGGUUCAGGUUGCUGUUUAAAGGUUAGAGUUGGGAUUGCAGUUAACAGCAGCCAUCAUGUAAAUUGGGAUGCAUUUGUCUGUUGCUGCUGCCUCUGUCACAUCUAUCAGUUAACCAGCUGCCACCUGUUAAAUAAAACUGAUGGCUCAGAUGAAGAGCAAGUGAAGCAAUCUCUAUGUAUUAAGGCCAUUUAUUAUGCUUACACGUGUUUAAAAGCAUGAUUUUAUAUUAAAUUCUCCUCCAGCCUUGCUCAUGCAGUCUUACAUUAUAUGUACUUUGUACUGUAACAUAUUAACAGUCUUAUUUCAGAAUCCAGGGCUUCCUACAAUGAACAUAUCCAUAUUUGUUAGAAGUUUAUGACAAAUGCUAAUGAAAAAGCACAUUUUUACAUAUCAUUAGAGUAUAGAAAAUGUAUAUAGUACAGAGUAUUACAGUAAAUGUAAUACUCUUUAGCACAGUUUUGGGCCCAAUACACAAACUGUUUCCAAGAUCCACACAUGCUAACUUUGAACAGCAGUAAAAUGUGUAAAUGUCUCACCUCAUGAGUAACUUUUUCUUUUCCUGUUUUGCCUUGGCAUUACUGUGUUCCCAGGCAAAGGGCAAAAGCCACAUCAAAGCCCUACAUAUG